CGUAUUUUAAGUGUUGAAAUAAAAUCAGCUCCCUGAGCUGCAGGCUGGGUGAGAGCUGGCAAGGCCUGUUAGUGCUGGGGGUCUGCGGUGCAGGGGUAAGGCAGGGAAUAAGGCUGGCGUUUAUUUCUGCAUGGAAUUAGAGGGAUGGAGCACCAAAACUUGGCUCCAACGGCUUUAACCACCAGAUUCAGGUUGUUGUGUUGAUUCUUUGUUAUUUUUAUGGGGCUUUUGAGGGGAAGGUUGGAUUUUAUGAUACUUUUGAGGCAAAUCCCCUGCCUGGAGGGGCAGCACUGUGGGGCCCCCGGCGCCGUGCCCGGGCUGGCCGGUUGCGCGGUGCUGUGGCCGGGGAGGUGGUACAGCCCGCUGCGGUAGUCAGCCAGGCAGCCGCAGAGCCCGGCACUCCCAGCCCGGCAGCUCCUGCUGCCUCUGGGGGCUCCGCAGGCAGCGGGCGGAUGGAGCACGUAGGGCGAGAGGGACAAAGCCAACGGCCCCGGGAUCGCUGCCUGCCCGUGGGAGCCGAACGGGAGCGGGGGAAGCUCCCCGCAGGCCGGGGAGGGGAGGCGGCGGGGCUCCGGCCGGAGGUGGCACAGCUUUCCCGCUGCCGGAGGCGAUUUUAGUCCCGUUUAGCUGGAUGGUGCAGCUGAUGGCUACAGGCCACCUCUGUAUAGGGCUGGGUAAACUUGAAGAACUCUGUCUUUUUCGGUUGAAAUCUUCAUUUGUAUCGCAGCGCAGCAAACAUGCCUGAACAAAGCAAUGAUUACAGGGUGGUUGUGUUUGGAGCAGCAGGGGUUGGCAAAAGCUCUUUGGUCCUUCGUUUUGUAAGGGGAACUUUCAGGGAAACCUAUAUCCCCACAAUCGAAGAUACGUACCGGCAGGUAAUCAGCUGCGAUAAGAGCAUCUGCACCCUUCAGAUCACAGAUACCACGGGAAGCCAUCAGUUCCCUGCCAUGCAGAGGCUGUCUAUAUCCAAAGGGCAUGCUUUCAUCUUGGUGUACUCUGUCACCAGCAGGCAGUCCAUGGAAGAUCUUCAGCCCAUCUUUGAACAGAUUUGUCAGAUUAAAGGGGACAUCCAAAAAAUCCCAAUAAUGCUGGUGGGUAACAAAAGUGAUGAGACCCAGAGGGAGCUGGAUGCCAGCGAGGGGCAAGCGUUAGCCAGCAAGUGGAAGUGCUCCUUUAUGGAGACAUCAGCCAAAAUGAACUACAACGUGCAGGAGCUCUUCCAGGAGCUCUUGAAUCUGGAGAAGAGGAGAACAGUCAGUCUCCAGGUGGACGGAAAGAAAUCCAAGCAGCAGAAAAAGAAAGAUAAACUGCAAGGCAAGUGCUCUGUUAUGUGAUUGACUUUGGCUGGACUCGCACCACUGCAUGGUGUAAUCAGAGCAUGGACUCCCACAGAAAAUACAUUUCUGCUGGAGGUUUCAGACAAAUCCAUGCCUUAUAGGGCUAUUGCUUUUCUCUAAAAUCUCCGCUGGAUUAUUUUAUGUGUGGGUUUUAAAGAGGAUGGCUUUCUGCAUGUUUAUUUUUUAAAAAAAUAAAUGUUUAAUGUUAGCAAUUACAUGUGACUAGAAGUUUUUAAUUCAAGAAGUUUACAGAAGAGAAAAAUGUCAGCCAGAAACAAACAUCUCUGUUCCUGUGAGUACAUGCUAGUUUUUAAGUAUAUCCAGCCUAUUAGCUUGAAAGAAAUCAUAGUAUCUAUAAUGUGUAUACUUAAUUGUUUUCAGGAAUCUAUUGACCAGAGCAAAGCUUUAACAGAGCUAGGCAUUUGCACCGCAAAUGAACAUGUAUGUGGCUCCAGAUGCUUAUGUUUUUGGCAGAUAGACUGGCUUGCCUACCAAAGACAUGGGGUUUUUUUCCCCAUGGUAGAGGUUAAGUUUUCCAGUGUGCUAUGCAAUUCCUGAGAUUUGUGCAGCUCCGAGUGCUUACAGCUAUACCUGCACAUAAUUGGGCUGUUGGCUCACCCCCCCUUUACUCUGACUUCCCCUGUUUGCUGGGGUAGGAGGUUCCACAUCCUCUGGCUCCAAAUCCAGGGGUGGUUCUCGGUGUCCUUAAGUCAGAGCUGCUUCCUUCAUGAAGGAAAUCACCUGGUUGUAAGUACCACCUGAGAAAGGAAAGGUGAGUUGCCAAGAUAACCACCUACUUUCUCAGCUGUUAGUCUGGGUUUGCAUGUGGCUGAAGCUGCUUUUGCAAUCUUCCUGGUUCCCUUAGACAUUUUUUUUUCCCCCUCUCUCAUUUCAUCCAAGUUACUCAGGUUUUAGUUGACACUCCUGACAAGUCGGUUCAGCUAACGCUGCUUUGGGAAGAAACAUCUAUACCUGGAAGCUGCAUGUUUAAAGCAAACUCCUCUCUGACAGAAACUUGCAGCAGACGCUUCCCACAAACGAAAGGACUGGAGACAUGGGCUUAGUCUAUCUCUCGUCUCCCCCUCGUUUUGGGUGUUGUUACAUGAGACAAGCAUGAUGAGCCUCAUCUGCAGCGCAUGGUUGAGAGAGAUUUCAAGAAAAUAAGUGCAAGUAUUCGCUGUCAGCCUGUGCUGUAGAUCCCUUCCUUUGUGUGUAUUGGUCCAGGCAGAAGACUGUAAGGACUUGAGUAUUGCACUGUGGAUGGGAUUUUUACACAGCAACGUAGUCUUGACGCAAGAGACAUGGCAGAGAGGAAUUGCUUCUUUUUAUAGCACUUUUCCAGUGAAAUGAUUUUAUUGAUGAACAAAAUAUGGAACAGGAGAUGCUGCAAAGUACAUACCCGUUCUUAGUUUGAGAGCAUUAGUGUCUAUUAAUAACUGCUGCUUUUCUACCUAAGACGCUAGAGAAGGGCCUUUUCUCUCCGCCAUUAUUUGUUCAUGUGUGGCAGACUAAUACACAAACCUGUGAGGUUUGUACCCUGGUUAAUAUCUCACAUAUUUGAACAACUCUUCCAAUCAGCGUUGGCUCCUGAUGCUCCACUGUCUCUGUCUGUCCAUGAGCUGUUGUCCCAGUCCCCUCAGGCUGUUCCUACGCAGACACGAGGGGUCCGUUAGCUCCGUGUGUGCGGGGAGUUUGUCCCGGUUCCAGCUGGAGCCCUCGCGCCAUUCGAUUCUGCAGAAAAUCUUAUUGAUGAUUCCAGAAACCCAAGCAAGUUCUGCAUGAGUGUUCGGUGCUGGCUGAAAUGUUACGCUUGCCAAAAUAACGUGCCGCUGUGCCAAGCUGAUGCAGAGGCUCUGCGCCUGAUUUUUCUUACUGGAGAUGAUGUCCCGCACGCUCCCUGUGCUGGGGCUGCGGUGCUGGCUGGCGUAGUCCUCUGUGCCACUGCCGCAUGUAACCUUCGUUCUGUUGCAGUCGGGUGAGUCAGGCUGCGGGGCGGCUGGAGAAGCAGCCAUAAAGGCUUUGCUUGGAAAUAACUCUGGCUUUUUGCUCUCUAACUUUGUGCAUGGAUUUUGAUCUCUGUUCUCUCAUUUCCAAGCAGUUAUGCAAUGCGUCUCUGUGUAUUGUGUUUAGCAUUUGGCAAUUAGUAUUGCAAAGACUAUUUCAGUUCCAUUCCAGCCUUUGAAACCCCUAUAAGUCAUUUUAUAUUUAAGCCUUUUUAAAAUGUCGUGAGACCUAAUAAUGUCUCUACAACUCCCACUGCCUUCGUGGAGAUGCCUGUGCAACGGCAGAGCAGCGUGUAUCUGCAAUUAUUCACACAGCCGAGAUGUUCUGUAACGUGUCAUCAUCACUGCAGAGGUUUCCAUGUAUGUAGUACAGAGAUCACCGAGGAUGGGGGUCCGGCAGAGCACAGGGAACAUCCGAUAUGAACAAAACGGGCUCAGUCCUGCCUGUACCUGGCAGAACGGCUGGCAGGUCCCCCAGCUGCCUUUGGAGGCUACGAGAGGGGGGGUCCCAUGGGACUGAACGGGCGAUGGAGGUGCUCGGGUGCUCCUAGCCAUGCAGGGUGCUGGUGCGGGGGCAUCGGCACCCCAAGUCCCAGGCUGGGAGCCUGGGGCAGGUUGGGGACGGGUGACAUCUGGGGUGACUGCCUGUUGUGCUGUAAGUCAUCUAUGAGUGUGCUAGAUCAAUUGCAUUGUGAAUUAAAACUGUAUUAACAAAUAAAUUGUAUAAUUGUAUUUGUUUCCAUAUAAACUGAACUAGUCU